CGGGUCAUUCUGAGAGAGGAAGAAAUGACGAGCAGGAUCCCACAAGAACAUGUUAACUGAUGAGCCGUGUCCGGUGCACAGGGAGCUCAAAAGAGAGGCCAGCUGGCUUCCUGGAGAUGGCUUGCUCCUGCUUUCUCGAAGAUCCUGUCCAUGCUGAUGUGACGCCCAUCCGGAUCUCGUGACUUCCGGUGACCGCGUUUCGUGUGGCCGAAGUGAACUUCUAUCAUUUCGAAUACCGAUGUGCUUCGGGCACAGCGAUGUUCCUGGUAUGCUUUGCCCAAGAGUUUGACGUUCUUCGGUUCAAGUUCUUGAGGUGUUCAUUUCUAGGUGUUCAACUGGCCUUGAACACUGAGGAUGGUCCAGUUCGAGCUGGAUCAAUUCAGAGAGGAGUUCAACCAGCUUUAUGAGAAGAUGGUGGAUGAGGAAGAGUUGGGCUUGGAUUUGAGCUCAGUGCCCACUGAUGAAGUGAUCCACAAGGCUCUUUUGAGCCAACUUCAUGCGCAUCAUUUUCCCCUGUGGCUGGAGCAAUUGGACGUUCAGCAGACCUUCGAGGAAUUGCGUCUCGCCGGCGUCACCGGCUUCGCCGGCAUCAAGGACGACAACGUGGCGCUCUUGAACUUUGUGGAGCAACUGACGAUCUCUCACAACUUGCGUGCUGGGAAGAUGUUUUGGAGAAAUGUCUACCGGCUUUGGUUGCUGCGCUGCGCUCAGAUGGCAGACCAUGACAUAGCACGGAGGAUGCGAACCUUUGUGGAGAAGUUCAAUAAAGAGAAUCCCGAGCUUGCUGCAAGCUAUCAGCAUGGGCCAGUGAAGACGGAAGAGAGGACGCGGCACAAGGAGAAGACCUUGGGCUUCGUGCCUUCCGCCGAGUCCUUUGAUGGCCGCUCCAGUGCCUCUCGCAUCCUGGACGUGGUCCGCGGGAGCAUCACGGUGAAGAGUCCCAAGGCGGUCUUGAAGCUGAUGGAAAGCUUUAAGAAGCUGGAUCGCUCGAUGGAUCGGAUGAUUCUGGUCCGUCAGAUCAACCGCUUCAAUCGAGAAGCGGAGACCUUAGAGGGUUACCGCUUCAUGGAGAUGCACGUGCUCUUCCGCAACGGAGUACGUGCGGCUUCCUGUGGCCGAGAAGGGAAGACCAUUGAGGUGGAUUUGUUAGGCGAGGUGUGCAUCGUCUUGGAGGAUUUCCUACAAAUACACAAGCGGAGGCAUUUGCUCUUCAAGAUCAAGCAGGGCAUUUUUGAUUGGACUGCAGAAGAUGAAGAGCCCGACGCAGACGUGGACUUAGAUAGCUCCUUGCGCGGAGAUGACCUGCCGCAGUAG